AUGGCAGACAUCUUUCAAGUCGUCUAUGGCUCCUCCAACUGGGAUUCUACCCUGGUAUCCCUGGAACCUUUUUUCCCAAGCGCGGCUAUCGAUGUCGUCGAGCCAAUCGUCUUUGAGACGAUGGUCGCCGCCUCCAUUUCAGAGCCCUCCUUGACACCAGCUUUGACAACACCCAUCAACUCCCUGCCUGAUGAGACUCCCAUGGGCGGAAACACAAAACCUAGGUGUGCUGCGAGUGCAACGAAUAAGAGCUCUAAAGAGACUGUCCAAGUUCUAGCUGCGAACUCAGAGGCUGUAGCGAAUUAUUAA